AUGUCUAAUAGUGUUGCACGAGAAGUUCUCGAUAUUUUAACUUUAAUUCUAUCGUAUAAAUCACAAGCAAAUAAAGAAAUGACCUCAAAAAAGUACCAGCCUCUAGCUGUUUAUAAUCAAAAGCAUUUUUAUAAGGUAGAAGACUUGGGUGAUGAUGUGAGAAGUGCGAUAUUUUACAUUAAUAAUCCAAAGAAAUCACUGGACUGCGCGAAUUUGAAGAAAACUUUAUCAUCCUUAUUAUGCUCGGGUGAUAAUAAUCUGUCUGAUACAAAUAUUCUUACGGUCGAAAUAUUAGAAAAAGAAAAAAAUUGCGCAAAGGUGAAAAUUGAUUUUCCUUUAGAUCAACAUCUUACACAAUUCUAUCAACAUCUUUGUAACUGCGACGACUCAUUAUUAAAAUUUUCCCAAAAUGGCUUUGCCGAUUGGAUUCCUGCAGAUAUUAACAGCGAAAAGAAUGCAGAGUGGUUUAUGAAUUUAUUUAAUAUUCUACUUAAAGCUGAGGGCUUCCCGCUUUUAGAAAGCACUUCGGGAGUCGCUCCUUGUCUUCAACUGAUCUUUCUUAUAAUUGAAGUAUUACAAUGGACAGUACUCGAUCGAGUUGCUCAAUGUGAUGAGAAAUUCGAUACAGUUCUCGAUGUCAAUAAACAAGAUUGUCUUACAUGUGUUGAAAAGAUUGAGAACGAGUUGGACGCCGUUUUCACAUUGAUGCAGACGAAACCUUUUUUCUUCAAGAAAAAGCAAUAUAUGAAAAUUCAUGCUGGUCUUGAUCAACUUUUGAAUUCUUUAAAGGAUUUUAUGAAAUUUUUAAAGAAAGUUUCCACGCAGCUUCACGAACAUUUAAAAAGUAUCAAAAACCAAAAAAUUUGUUGGACGGCUGCUUAUGUUGCUGCGAUUUGUACCGCAGUGGGUUUUUUGGCUUACGGAGCUUUGAACGUGGGACUUUUAUUUAGAAAGAAACUAUUAUUAGGUGGAAUAUUUGUCGCUGGAAAAGUAGCAUCAGAAAUUAGUCUACUUCGCGAAGGCUUGGAAAUAUCAAUAGCACGGCAGUCCGAAAUUUUAGACCAGAUAAAUAAUUUUCAUUCGAAUAUUCAAGAAAUGGAGGUUACAUUAACAGGGAAAUCGUUGAAUCAAAUGAGCGACAUGAAAGAGGAAAUGGAAAUAUUAGCAAAAGAAUUUAAAAUAGCAUGCGUCGACAUCCGAAAAGUAUUUGAAGGGAAAUCAAGAAAUAAAUGA